AUGUCCUUAUCAGAGGUGGCUGUAAAAAGGGUUCGUUCAUCAACAAAGAUUUCUUUCUCUAAUGAGGAUAUGACAUGGGUCCAUCAUCCCCAUAAUGACGCAUUGGUAGUAAUACUACAAAUUGGGGAAUUCGAUGUCAAAAUGAUAUUGAUCGACCUAGGUAGUUCGAUCGAAAUCUUGUACUACGAACUUUUCAAAAAACUAGGGUUGUCUCAUGAAGCCCUGCUCAAUGUGGAAUACCCACUCUAUGGCUUCAACUCGAGCCCAGUAUUCUCUUUAGGAUGCAUAUUCCUGUCAGUCAAGGCCGGAGAAACAGUCCACCAAGUCAAGUUUCAGGUGGUCAACGUGCCAUCUCCUUAUAAUGCCAUAAUGGGUAGAACUUGGCUCCACCAAAUGGAAGCUGUUCCAUCUACCUUCCACCAGGUUCUACGCUUUCCAAAAGCUAACAUUGUCAAGACCAUUCGAGGGGACCAAAUAAUGGCAAAAUGA